GAGAGCCGACCUCGCGACGGAGUCUCGCGCCCGAGCGAGCAACCGCCUUCCUCGAGCGGGUGCGCGCGCGGGCGUCGCGCUCGCCCCGAUGCUUCUUCCCUCCUAGCUGAGACGAAGGGGACGCCUCUGGAGGAAGGGAGAGAGAGAGAGAGAUGCUCUCUGCGGCUCACCGGUUGCUCCGAAGCUGCCGAGGGAGAUGGCGAGCCCCGUCUCGGAUUCCGAUGCUUCCGGGCCCUCCUUUGGCCGAGGGAGGGCGAAGUCCGGGCGGCUGCCUUCCCUUCCGAAGGGUCCGGUUGCAGAUGCUGUGGGUGAGACGAACUGGAAAUUUGAGGCACCACAGAAGAGCCCUCUAUAGCACUUUAGUGCCACCUGAUGGCAGUUUGAAUCCUGCAGAGUUUAUGUUGGCUCUGAAAUAUUCACUGCUUUCUGGAAUAACAUUCUUGUGCCCUCUUCAUCUUUCAUGAGGGGCUUACACCUUUUUAUACCACAGAAGUAACUGUUCAUUAUAAAUAUGGUCUGCCUGUGAUAACACUUACAAUGCCAUCAAGAAAAGAACGUUGCCAGUUUACUAUCAAGCCAAUGCUAACAACUGUGGGCACCUUCUUACAGGACAUAAAGAGAGAAGAUAAUGCAAUUGAAAAGGUAGAAGUCUUCACAACAGAUGGCAGCAGGAUUUCAAAAUCCGUGUCUAUGGAAGUUCUGCUAAUGAAUGAUUUUAAACUCAUUGUCAAUAAUGAAGAAUAUAAUGUACAUCCACCACUGAAAGAUAAAAUGAGCAAAGAGCAUGCCACAGAGAUAGAUGACAUCAAGUCAACAGUCCAUAAGUUAUUUGUAGCCCUUCACUUAGAAGAGCACCAGACAAGAAAAGAGAAAGAGCUAAUGCAAAAAAUGGAACUUCUGAAGGAAGAACUGCUCCCUUUAGAACAGAUGAAGGCUAGAAUUGCAGCAGAUAUUGAUGGAAAGACUUCUCGCCUUCUAUGGAUUGGUUUAGCCUUAAUGUCUACUCAGGGUGGAGCCCUGGCUUGGCUCACCUGGUGGGUCUACUCAUGGGACAUUAUGGAACCUGUUACUUACUUUAUCACUUAUGGAAGUGCCAUGGCAUUCUAUGCGUACUUUGUACUUACUAAGCAGGAUUAUAUUUAUCCAGAUGCUCGAGACAGGCAAUUCCUUCAUUAUUUUCACCGGAAAGCUAAAAGCCAGAAUUUCAAUAUGAUUCUGUAUAACAAGCUAAAAGAGGACCUGGAAGAGGUGGAAGAAUCCUUGAAACGACUGAGAAACCCCUUACAAUUACAGCUUCCAGUGCAAGAAAUUAAUGACAAACAUUAAUUUUAAGUUUCAGCCUGUUGUUCCCUCAAAAAAAUCACAAACUGGACAUUUUGACCCACUAUAUUAAAGCUGAAUGUACAAGACUUUACAAAAAAAACACCAAAUCAUACUUUUGUAUAUAUCAUUUCUCCACAAUAUUCAAGUUUAGAAAGAAUAAUCAUCUUAAUCUUGGAUGGCCAAUCCAUUCUUAAUAAAACAAAACAAUGUUUUUAAAGGAUGGUUUUAUUCUGGGAUUCCUAUAUUUGAAUGUUAUUUUCAUAAUGAGCUAAAUAAAAACAGAUACUAGUU